CUGUCGUUGCUACUUCCGAGAAGGUUGGCAGUUGGUGUCGUCUCGCGCGACUUGAGAAGCAAACAAGAAAACUUUGUGCCUGACACGAAGGGUACAACCGACGAAGUCCUAAUGCUGAAAGGAAGCUUGUCGCCGUAUCUCGACACUCACAAUGAAGAAGAGUCGUCUUAUGUAACGCUUAGCAAUGGGCCGUAUGGUAAAUAUCAUAGCACCGAUCGUAUCACGCUUCCGAAAAUGACACAACUCAAAAGACUCGAUGUAUCAGUUAUCACGAAUGAAUUAGCGUAUGUAGCAGAUUCCACGAGCACGGAACACAACUCGUACAAUCACGUCCUCGCAGAUGUAUACUUUGUAACGCCCAUCCUCUGCAAGCAUUGUGAAGAUUAUAUCUGGGGCACCGGGAAAGUGGGAGUCAAAUGCAAAGCCGAGUCCGUGCGGGCAAGAUGAACCUCGAAAACUGCUCCAGUUUUUCCAGGACGGCGUCAUCGGCUUCCGAGCCUGCUGGAGGAACUGGCUGUGGAGACAAAGACCUUCGGAGUACGUCAGCAAAUCCGCGACUGAGCUCCUCUUAAAGCACGACCGUGCAUGCAUCUCAAACACAACGUGCUCGCACAGUCAAGCAUCUUAUUUUCAACAUUCCAGAAGCGAUUCCAACGACUUCUUAUGCCGACACAAUCGGAUACGAUCGUUCAGAGCAGCGAGGAGUUUUUGAUGCUCCGAGCAGCCGCCGCCGUUCCGAAAUCGUUUCGUCAGAGGCGAUCGAUGAGGAGAAUGCCUAAUGUUUCGGAAAAACUGUACCUCCUAAAAUUCACAAACGAAUUACUUUUGUUCGCUACAUUUUCUCUGAAUCAAUCUGUCAAAUCGAUCUGUUAUUUUUGAGUUAUUUAAUCUGUACGAUUGCUGAGGUGAAGAGUCGAAUCGCGAGUUAAAUCGAAUGGGCCUUUGUUGUUCACGUAAUUUUCGUCAUCACAGAGGUCGACCCGCUGAUUCCUAAUACCAGAAUCAUUCAGCGAGUCGCGACGAUUCGAUGCCGAAGGGCUCCGGGAGCUCCUCUGAAUUAUAUCAUAGACCUUGAAGGGGACGACGAGCGAUUCCCGAGGAGCGCCUAUCCUCGAUUCGUCCAGCUCGGUCGAUCCGCUCGUCGCCUAUAGGAAUGUUCGGCAGGAAAUUUCCAUUCCGGCGGUUCGAUCGCGGACCGAAACGAACGGCUCGGGGCUCCGGCGUCGUUCCGGUACGAGUCUGCAUCGGCGUAAAGGCCACGGGAAGAACCGACAAAUGUCGGAGAUGGCCGAGGCGUCGUUGCGCCGAACCACGAGCUACCCUCGGCAGCAGCUCGCGGCUGGCUAUGGCUAUUGACCGAGCUUGGCGGACCGGCCGGUCAGCUGUGCGCCUCGCCGGCGGUGUGGUAUUCUCCUCCGCGGCCAGGAAGAAGCCGUCCACGUAGACGAGGCGGUGUGUCGUUUGGGCCGGCGAGGAUCAGUCGGCGCGAGUCAGCGACGGGGAAACCGGAACACGAGCGAACGUCCGUCCAGUCGGAUUGAAGGAGAGCCAAGCGGGGACUCUCUCAGGAGAGGAGUCCGGCGGCGACGGUAGUGCUCGAAAAGACCGCUCGGUCUCCGGGCGUAGGAGACAAUCGCGGUAGAGAGACGGUCCCCCGGGGAGCCGCGCGUUCGUACAUAUGUCCGCGAGUGGAAUCGAGGGACGAGAGAGACUGAUUACUCCGGUCUCGCCGUCGUCGUCAUCGUCAUCAUCGUCGUCGUCGUCGUCGUCAUUGUCGUUGUCGUUGUCGUCAAUGGAUCGGUCCCGGUGAAAGCCCAAAACGUGCGAAUCGCUCGCUACACGCGCUGCGGCAAGUAAAGGCAGCUGGAGUAGGAGAGUGAACCAAACGGAGCGGGAGUUAAAGAGAGCUAGAGAGAAAGAGAGACAAAUAUACCGAGAGCGGAAAAAGAGAGAAAGAGAGAGAGAGGAAAGGAGGGACUUGGCUCACGGGCAACACUCGACAUGUAGAGUCUGCAGAGACCGACCGGCUGUGCACGGCCAGUGCCGGAGACGAUCAUACGAGAGAGGACUCGAAAGAGAAAGAGAGAACUAGAGAACGGCAACGAACGGUUUCGAGAGAGACAGCGAAGAGGUGGGAGGAGACGGGAGAGACAAAGAGAGCAAGAGAGUGAGAGAGUGAGAGAAAGAGAAAGAUCGACCGAGUGUGGGAGAGACACCGAAUGAAACAGAGCGAGAGAAAGAAAGAGAGAGAAAGAGAGAAAAGGAUAGGCAAAUAGAUAGGUGUCGUGUACGUAUGCGUUGACGAGUGUGCCGCCGCGACGUGUGUGCAGGUGUGUGCGCGUGUUACAGGCAGGCCGCCGGCACAAAAAAGUACAGGGCCCAGUGGACUUUUCCAUACCGGAGGAGAACUGCGUGCAUUAUACGUACGUGCGUGCAUCGUGCGUGCGUGCGUGCAUGCGUGCCGUCCGCGCGCGUGUCUGUGUGCGCGAGAGUGCGCGCGCCGCCUUCGCGGACCGCGGACGGACACGCCGGCGAAUUUUCAGCCGAAUUAUACCUGCAAACGGGGACGGACGGGGACCGAUCGACCGACCGACCGACCGAUCGACCGACCGACUCUUCUCGCGGUCUAUCCGCUGACCUCCGCUAAAAGAGGAGAAACGGGCGAAAGCAGAUAGAGCCGCUGCGAAGGGGGUAGCUAACUCGGUUUCAUAGAGUGCGCGCGAUCAGGUGCGAGAAGAGGAGAAAGAGAAAGAGAGAGAAAAGGAAAAAGAGGGUUGGAUCACCCCGGGAGGGAGAGACCAGGAGGUUGGACGUCGCGGCGCCGACGUAGAGAGGAUACCUUGCAUGGACGGCUUUACCGGGUGGAAGCGACCGCGAAUCGUCGACAGCGAGAAGAGGAGGUAAUAGGAUCGUCCACCAGCUGAGGUCUACCUUGCCGGCCGAGAGAGAGAGGGAAGGAGGGAGAAAGAGAGGACGAUAGAGAUAGCGAGGGAGCGAGCAAGCGAGUGAGCGUGUCUGGUACAUAGGAACUCCGUUCCGACUCUGACUCCUCCGCCGCCACUAACUCGCGGUCGGUAAAACGUUGGGACGACGGCGGCGGUGAUCCGGUGAGACACGGCCGUCCGAGAACGCACGGUUGGCAGUCGCGGCCUUCUGGUGGACGUGAUAAGGACGAGCGGCGCGAUCCGUUCCGGCGAGCGAAGCGGUCGGCCGUGCGAAGCACGAGAAGGAGCUGCAGAGGGACGACAGGAA